ACCAAGAGCGAGUUUAGGGAAGUUCAAGUUUACAUUUACGUGGCUAUAUUCUUUAUUCUGUAAUUAUUUUUUAUGUAUUAUUUGUUUUUGGACUUGGUUUUACGCACAUGUAUCCCCAUCCAAUAUGUUUUGGUUCCAACAAGGACUAUGUAUUCUUCCAGUGAUUUUGGUCACCUCGUCAUCUGCCACCUUUAUUAUUUCUUACAUUAUUGCCAUAUUGAGACGUGAUGUUGAUGUCUUCCUCCCUUACAUAAGCGACACAGGUAACAGUCCUCCAGAAAGUUGUAUUUUUGGCUUGAUGACAUUUGUUUCUGCCUGUGCAGGUGUGUCUACCAUCUAUGCCAUGUACAAGUUUAUGGCAAAGCUGGGUGAGGACACAGGGACGAUCAGCACUUGUUGGAACAAAGCUGCUCUUGGAUUUGGGCUCAUCUCCUGUUUCGGCAUGUGUGUUGUUGCAACUUUUCAGGAAACUGCUGUGGAAACUGUUCAUCUAAUUGGAGCACUUCUUUUUUUUCUUUGUGGAGCUUUGUACAUAAGUCUUGAAACUUAUUUAUCAUAUUGCUCCUACCCCUAUGGAUCCUCCCUUUUUAUAUGUCGUGCACGUUUUAUCAUCAGUGUAAUUUCUGUUGUGGCAUUUUUCCCCACUGUAAUUUGUAAAUUCCUUGAAAAGGAUCCACUUCUCCAAAAGACAAGUGCUGGAUGUGAGUGGAUUGUUGCCUUCAGCUUUAUCAGCUACUUUUAUACCUAUGUUCAUGACUUCAAACAAUUUACACUAAAAUUCAGAACUGUGUGUCGAACUGGUACCUAACAAUGGGCCCAAGAAUGGACUGUACUUAAGUAUUAU